CGGUGAGCUAGUCAGUGUAUCACGAGCCGUGCUCAGGCGCACACGCAUAUCAUCGUAAGUGAGUGUUUUGCAGUCGCGGGAGUUUUUAAGUGUUGUGUUAGUUAGUACUGUACGACAGCCAAGCUGUACGCUCACAGGGAAGACGAUAUGCUCACCAUGGAGACGGACCUGAAGGGGGGUCUGAUGGCCCCUCACCAUCACGGCCACCCGGUGCCCUCGUACGGCAGCCUCGGCUCGCUCGUCCACGGUGGUGUCAUGAGCGGACCUCCGCCGGCACCUCAGGUACAACAUCAUCAGCUGGUACAGCCCCAGCAACCGCAGCAGCACCCGCACCACCAGCAGCCCAACAAUAACAACAACACAAGUAAGAAUAAUAAUAUGGAUAGGGUUAAGAGACCGAUGAACGCUUUCAUGGUGUGGUCGCGGGGGCAGAGGAGGAAGAUGGCCCAAGAGAACCCCAAAAUGCACAAUUCAGAGAUUUCAAAAAGGUUAGGUGCCGAGUGGAAACUGUUGAGUGAAACCGAGAAGCGGCCGUUCAUUGAUGAAGCUAAGAGGUUGAGGGCGGUACACAUGAAAGAGCAUCCGGACUACAAGUACAGGCCGAGGAGAAAGACGAAAACGUUACUGAAGAAGGACAAAUAUCCCCUCACAGCCAGCAGUCUUCUCCCCAAUAACUCCGUCGAACAGCGAGGCCAAUCUGGCAACACGGGAGUACAGCAAGUGGUAUCUAGGGAUAUGUACAAUAUGCCCAAUGGAUACAUGCCGAACGGCUACCCCUACGAUCCGUCUGCGUACCAACAACAUACCGCCUAUUCCAGCCACAUGACCAGCUCCUACCCGAGGUACGACAUGUCUCAGAUGCACCCCGGUUCAGCUUACAUGAACGGCACAGGUUACGGAAUGUACGGUGGCACCCCUGGAGCCGGCUCGCCUUACCACUCUUCGAUGCAGCAGAGCAGCCCCGGCGGCAGCAGCAUCAAAUCGGAGCCGGUAUCGCCGUCCUCUCAGGGCAUCCACACCCCAACCCCUCAGCAGGCCGGAGUGAAGAGGGAGUACUCCGGAACGCCAAACACCGGGGACCUGAGGCAAAUGAUCUCGAUGUACCUGCCGACGGACCCCAACUCGGUGGAAAACCAGCAGCGGCUCCACCUCCCCGGAGGAUACCAGACGGGCAGCCCAGACCCGAUGCCGUUGUCCCACAUCUAGGGGCAGGACUGCCGCUUCCAGCAGCCAUACGAAUACACAUUGUGAUCCCAGUGCCAAUCUGCUAGCAAGCGGCCUCCAUUCCAUUUGUACAUAGAUAUUAUAAGCCUCUCACCUCCGGCCUAGUCAUCCGACUGUAACAAACCACUAAAGACUCUACUAUGCCCGUCUCGAGUUGGUAAAUAUCUUUUUAUUCAUUUAUUAUUUUUGCUUUGGAAAGAGAUUAGCAUCAUAGUGACUUUUUAGUGGUUUGAUAUAGUGAUUUGGCCUUGCCAGAGUCCAUGCGUGUGCUCAAAGGAUACUAGGUGUUUCUCUGUAAAUAAUGUCGCGUAAGUAAUUGAUAGUAUAUAUGUAUAAAUCUCUAUGUUAUAAUCAGUAGGCCAUAUUAUGUUUUUUCACUCUUGCCCGUUGUGGACAUGUAUGCCCGUAUUGCGUUAUUAGUUUCGAAUGAGCACAAGCUUUCAUUGAGUACAAAUUUAGUGAUCACAACGUUUGGCAAGACAUUUAUUAUUGUUUUCUAAAAUACCAAAAAAAGAAAAAAAAAAAAAAAAAAAGACAACCUGUAUACAAUAUAACAGGCACGUUUUAAAAUUCGUUCCAUAAGGAUUUUCAUCUAAGUAUGUUUCUUACGUAAAUUUUAUCUAAUUAUUGUAAUAGUAUACGUAAAUGAACAAAAUUAUAUUUUUCAAGUUUAUGACGUUUAAAUUUUAUGUAGAAAAAAUCGGGCCUAUGUGUCGGAUUGAACCAUUGUUGAUGUAUGUACCGAAAGUAUACGACAUUGUCCAAAGACAAGCGAUGUUGAUAUUGUAAUAUUUUUUUUUUAAUUAUGAGAAAUUGUAAUUUAUAAAUUUUUACCGAAGACGGGAGUGUUGUUCCCGCUGUGUCUUGUAUUUAUUCUAAACGUCAUUCUGUAUAGUGUACAGUAGCGCAGGAAACUUCACUUGUUAUAUUUUUUUCAAAUUGUACAAAUCAAAUUUCCUAUGCUAUUUUAUGUACAGUGAGUGUCAUAUAGUCAAUGGCUAUAAUUAUGUGAAUAUAUAAAUAUAAUAUAAAUAAGUUUAUAUCAUCUAUA